AUGACGUUCCGCGAGAAGGUCAAGCGGGUGUUCCGCUCCUCCAAAAAUAAUGGAAAGCCCAAGGUCGAAUAUUAUAGACGACACGAGUGUCCCCCUUCGAAAUUUCGUGGUCCUUUCGACCGCGCCCACCAAAAGAGCCUAGCCGCUUGGUCCUUCGAAGGUGCAAUGGUCGAACGAACUCGUUCAUUUGAAAUCUCCGUCUCACCCUUUGCCACGUAUGAGGGUUCCGGCGGUUAUACCGGCCCAUCCGAUUCUGAUAACUCGGUGUCUCCGGAGGAUGAUGUCGAUCCAGCCUCCUCCCAUUCAGAGGCCCCUGCUGAAUCAUCGCCACGCGGCCCCGACUCCGGCUCUCAGUCCUCCACCGUCGUCGACCCCUCCAGCUAUAAUGGCUCAAUGAUGACCCUGAUAAACGAGGGCUCUAUCUACGAGAUCCCAGAGGAUUCAAAGGACCCCAAGUUCUUCCUCAAGGAGUCCAUCCGCUACUCUUCACCCCUCGUCCACGCCAUCUCGCCCGCGAUAACCCCGUGCGUUAUGUCCGCCCGAAAGGAUCUCCCUUUCGCCCCCGAGGAUCUCGCCCGCGCCUUGAUCGCCGUCCAGGUCUGCGCUUGA